AUGUCAGAUUUAGUCGGUAAACCAUUCCCAGAAGGAUUCCACUUCAACUAUGUUCCAUAUGAUGAAGCUGAUCAAAAAGAUCAUUUAUCAUGUAAAAUUCCAAUUCAAUUAAAAUUAACACCUGAAUAUUUUAAAGGUAAAAAAGUUGUCAUUACUUCAGCUCCAGGUGCUUUCACUCCAACUUGUACUUUAAGUCAUAUUCCAGGUUAUAUUGAAAAAGCUUCAGAAUUUGCUUCAAAAGGUGCUCAAGUUAUUGUUAUUACUCAAGAUUCAGCUUUUGUUAACAGUGCUUGGGGUAAAUUAUUAGGUCAAAAACAACCAAUUGAAUUUGCCUCUGAUUAUCAAGCUACUUUCUCUAAAUCAAUCGGCUGGGUCGUUGAUGCUGGUGAAAUGGGUACUUUAACUGGUAGAUAUACCAUCAUUGUUGAUGAUGGUAAAGUUGUCUAUGCUGAAAAGGAAGCUGGUAAAGAUGUUACUGUUAGUGGUGCUGAUGCUGCUUUAGCUAAAUUAUAA